ACUUUGCCAAAACAACAUCAUCGCCAGUUCUGUUCUGCCACUGGUUCUAGUCUGGUCGUCCGUCAACCGCAGUCUUGUGUGUUCAGGUGAAAAAUGACUACACGAAAGUGAGGAAAACUCGUCUCCUGGCUGAAUCCCGAUCGGGGAUUAUCAUUACUGCUUUGGGAAGAAGCGAGAAAAAAAUCAAUAAAAAGAGUGAUUGCAGUAAGCUCACCCCGCGCGGAACUGAUAAGCGCGAUUUUGGACUGGAUAUAACAGCGCGCGGUCCAACACUAUGGAUGGUGGCAAGGAUGACUCGCCCAGCAAGGGCAGCAGCGGUGGUCCGCAGACGGAGAAAGAACGAAGCAAAAGCAAUCUGAACCUGACGGCGGACGAGCUGAAAGAGGAAGGUAACAAGUGUGUCAAGGCGGGGAACUUUACCGAGGCGAUCCUGCACUACACGCACGCCAUCAAGCUCAGUCCGAACGAUGCGAUCCUGUACAGCAAUCGGUCGCUGGCGUUCCUCAAACAGCAGCAGUACUACUACGCGAACGAGGAUGCCGAUUCGGCCAUAGCGUUGAAUCCGACCUGGGCCAAGGGUUACUACCGGAAGGCGGAGGUGCACAUGGGUGUGGGGCAGUACGAUACGGCACUGUUGUCGUAUGGGAAGGCGCUGCAGUUGCAGCCGCAGGACAUGGGCAUCAUUCAGGCAGCGAGGAAGGCAGCCGAAUUGAGCAACCGGGACAUCGAGCAGGAGAAGCGAACGCCGGUGAUGGGAGCCGGGAUUGGGUGCGUCGUGGGGUUGUGCAUUGUGUUCGCCGAUAUGUUGCUGACGGAGACGCCGACGAUAAAGUACACUGCACUGAUGGUGCUGGUGGUGUUGGUUGUGGCCGCAAUUGGAUUCGGAAUAGCUAAGAUGAUUCGAUACUACACCAAGCUGCAACGCAAAGGGCUGCUGGAUCCGCCCGUAAAUCUGCUUGAAGAUUUCCAAUCUACCAAAGACGCCGAAGAGAUGGA